AGACUAAAAGACACAAUCCCUAGGUUUGGCUGCCAAUAAAAUUUUUUAGCAAGAGAAAACCCUGAACCAAUGUUUGGUGCCGAGAAAAAUUAGGAAAGUAAAAAACCCUUCAUACAAUGCUACUAACGAGAGUGGUGGAUUUGAUUUCCAAUACAAGAUAUUGUUUUCAAAUUCAAUGAAUUCAUUCCUUCCGUACUAUUAUGAAUUUGGAACAUUCUAGAAACUAUAGUAGUUACUGUAUAUGUGAUUGCAUUGCUCUCCUCCCAAAGAAAGUGAUAACAAAAAAAAUACUGCGCAGAGCUUUUUCUGAUGAGGCAUGAUGAAGCUCUGUCCCUUUUCCUCGAAAGGGUACGAUGUUCUGUAGGAUAUAAACCCAACGGCCAAGUCCUCGCAGCUCUUCUCAAAUCCUGUGUUGCCAUUUCCGCCAUCCGAUUCGGGAGUGUUCUCCAUGGUUAUGCUCUUAAACUAGGCCAUGUUUCAUGUCAAUCUCUGUGUAAAGGAUUGCUCAACUUGUACGCUAAAUCUGGAGCUCUCGAUUAUUGCAACAAACUAUUUGGUGAGAUGGACCAACGUGAUCCCGUCAUUUGGAACAUUGUCCUCUCUGGUUUGGCUGGAUUCCAAAGUCAUGAGGCUGAGGUGAUGAGGUUGUUCCGUGCAAUGCAUAUGGUGAAUGAAGCUAAGCCCAACUCUGUCACCAUUGCUAUUGUUCUUCCUGUGUGUGCUCGUCUCCGAGAUUUAGAUGCUGGGAAGAGUGUGCACUCUUAUGUGAUUAAAUCGGGGUUGGAAUCACAUACCCUUGCAGGAAAUGCCUUAAUAUCAAUGUAUGCAAAGUGUGGGCUUGUUUGCAGUGAUGCAUAUGCUGCAUUUAAUAGAAUUGAGUUCAAAGAUGUGGUUUCAUGGAAUGCAGUGAUUGCAGGGUUUUCCGAGAAUAAGUCCACAGAAGAAGCAUUCAAAUUAUUCCAUGCAAUGCUUAAAGGACCGAUACAACCUAAUUAUGCAACAAUUGCAAGUAUUCUACCUGUGUGUGCAUCAUUAGAAGAGAAUGCUGGUUACUGGUAUGGGAAAGAGGUCCACUGUCAUGUUUUGCGAAGAAUGGAGCUGGUAGAAGAUGUUUCUGUAAUCAACUCUCUUAUGAGCUUUUACCUGAGGAUUGGACAGAUGGAAAAAGCAGAAUUCUUGUUCAGAAACAUGAAAUCAAGAGAUUUGGUUUCAUGGAAUGCUAGUAUUGCAGGAUAUGCCUCAAAUGGUGAGUGGUUGAAAGCAUUAGAGUUAUUUUCGGAGCUCAUCUCUCUAGAGACGAUAAAGCCAGAUUCUGUCACCCUUGUUAGUGUUCUUCCCGCUUGUGCCCAUGUACAUAAUUUGCAGGUAGCAAAGGAGAUCCAUGGCUAUAUUAUCCGACAUCCUGCUCUACGUGAGGAUACAUCAGUUGGAAAUGCCCUUCUAAGUUUCUAUGCAAAAUGCAAUUACACACAAGCUGCUCUUCAGACAUUCUUAAUGAUUUCUCGUAAAGACUUGAUAUCAUGGAAUGCUAUUCUUGAUGCCUUUACAGAGAGUGGGUGUGAAACUCACCUUGGCAACCUAUUACACUGGAUGCUAAGGGAAGGAAUAAGACCUGACUCCAUUACUAUCUUAACUAUAAUUCAGUAUUAUGCUGCUGUUUCCAGAGUCAAAAAGGUUAAAGAAACCCAUAGCUAUUCAAUUAGAUUUGGUCUUUUGCAGGGUGAUGCUGGACCUACUCUUGGAAAUGGGAUGCUCGACGCAUAUGCCAAAUGUGGCAACAUGAAAUAUGCAGUCAAUAUUUUUGGGAGUUUGUCAGAGAAACGGAAUGUGGUCACUUGCAAUUCAAUGAUCUCAGGUUAUGUGAAUAGUUGCUCUCAUGAUGAUGCCUAUGCAAUAUUCAAUACAAUGUCUGAAACUGAUUUAACUACUUGGAAUUUAAUGGUUCGAGUUUACGCUGAAAAUGAUUUUCCUGAUCAAGCUCUGAGUCUUUUCCAUGAGCUCCAAGUUCAAGGGAUGAAGCCUGACAUAGUGACUAUCAUGAGCAUCCUUCCAGCUUGUGCUCAUAUGGCCUCAGUCCACAUGCUGAGGCAGUGUCAUGGGUAUGUAAUUAGAGCUUGUUUCAAUGAUGUUCGCUUGAAUGGAGCUUUCAUAGAUAUGUACUCAAAAUGUGGAAGCGUAUUUGGUGCUUAUAAGCUUUUUUUGUCAAGCCCUCUGAAAGAUCUGGUCAUGUUUACAGCCAUGGUUGGUGGGUUCGCAAUGCAUGGCAUGGGAGAGGAAGCACUCAGGAUUUUCUCUUAUAUGCUUGAGUUGGGUGUGAAGCCGGAUCAUGUUAUCAUUACCGCAGUCUUGUUUGCCUGCAGUCAUGCAGGCCUAGUAGAUGAAGGGUGGAAGAUCUUUAACUCAAUUGAGAAGGUCCAUGGCUUCCAACCCACCAUGGAACAGUAUGCUUGUGUUGUGGAUCUUCUUGCUCGAGGAGGCCGAAUUAAGGAUGCUUACACUUUUGUGACCAGGAUGCCAAUUGAAGCUAAUGCAAACAUAUGGGGAACAUUGCUGGGAGCUUGUAGGACUCACCAUGAGGUUGAAUUAGGAAGAGUAGUGGCUGAUCAUCUCUUUAAGAUCGAAUCUGACAAUAUCGGGAACUAUGUAGUGAUGUCUAACCUAUAUGCAGCAGAUGCUAGAUGGGAUGGCGUCAUGGAGAUACGGAGGCUGAUGCGGACCAGAGAGUUGAAAAAGCCUGCUGGGUGCAGCUGGAUUGAAGUGGGGAGGAGGAAGAAUGUAUUCAUAGCUGGGGAUUCUUCCCACCCACAAAGAAGCAUUAUCUACAGAACAUUAAGCACCUUGGAUCAACUGAUGAAAGAGCCAUUUCACUUUUGAACUAUAUCAAAUCAAUGAUUCAGCAUUUGGAAUGCCUGGAAAUUUGGAAUCUUCAACACCAUUGAUGACAUCUGUAUGGGCAGGUGAACCUUCAAGGCAGGGCUAUCUGCCAUUAUUUUUGUCAGAAAUGGCACCUAAAAUAGAGAUGGGCAGUUUCCAGAAGGGUAAUGCCAAUGCACAUGGGCUUGGCCUGGUAAUUUGCCAAGACUUGACUAUGCUUCAGCCUGAUUCAUUCACAUCCCUAUUCUCAAAUCAUUUGCAUGGAAUGACAGAGAAUCUGAGAUGCCCUAUGAAGGAAAUGUAGAUGGAAAAAUUAACCUUUUCAGCUUUGAGAAGAAUGAACUUGAGAAGGAUUCCGUGCGGGGCAGAUCAAAAUGGUUGAAGAAGCUAGGGACUUCAAAAGGAAGAUUAGUUUGGGGAAGUUGCAGUAAGAGAGAAGUGCUGGAGUCAAAUGCAAAUUGGAUGGAGGUAAGGAUGCUUAUGGCACAGCUCAAUAUGAUUCAAGAUACUUUUGCUCAAUGUUGUAGUGGAGUUUUUACCUUUUAGUUUUGAGAAAUAAACCCUGAAGCUGUCUUUACCUAA